AUGCCACUAGAAGUUGGCUCUGCCACUCAGCUAGAUAUUGUGGUUGAGUUUGAGGUGGAUCAGAAGGACUUGGAAAGAAUAAAUGGUACUAACACAACCUACAGUUGCAAUGGGAAUGGCAGGGCAGCUGAAAGAGAGGGACUGAUAGCGAUAAAUUUUGUAUGUAAUAGGUCGUCUAAGGCACCGGAUGUUGACAAGGCAAUGUAUGGCAGUACAGUGUCAAUACUAAAAGGCGAAAAACUGUCUAUGAGAAUACUGUUGGAUCACUCAAUAGUCGAGAGUUUUGCUCAAGGCGGUCGGACAUGCAUCACCUCGCGUAUAUAUCCGACAACAGCUGUAGGCGAAGAUGCUUGUCUCUUCCUGUUUCACAAUGCCACUGAUGUAGGAAUAACUGCAUCACUUCAGACAUGGCAAAUGAGUUCUGCAGACGUGCAAUGA